AUCCAAGCCCAACAGUCGUCAAUUAUUUGAUAAAAGCCCAUUUUUGAUCACUGGAUCCAACCCAGCCCAACAUCCUGCAUAAAACAUUAAAACGUCAAGUCCUUACAAACAAAGCCGACGUUUCCUGGUCAUUAACGGCAGUCGUUUCUCUAGUUCCGGCAUCUUCAACCGUCGCGAAAUUCUAUGCAUAGUAGGGGAAAAAAAGUGCGUGCACACCAGGUGUUUGAUAAAAUGCCGCAUUGAAGAAGCAGCAGCAGUAUAACAACGGCAUUUAGAGAUAUGGAGAAGGUGAUCUAUGGUGCGAGGCAUGUAAUGGGUAAGCGAAAUGGAGCCCUGCAUUUGAAUGUGAUGCUAUAUCAUGGCUCAGAGGAGUCUCGUGGGGAGCCUUUGUCCCUGGAAUGGUAUAGAAAGGCAUUUCCGAAGUUGACGAAACUGACCCGGUUGCUUAAAGAUGUGGAUUUGGUUGAUGGGAGGCUUGUUAAUAUCAAUGAUGGUUCGAUUAUCGUGAAUGGCCGAGCUGAACACAAAAUGGUUGCUUUCAAGUCACUUGCCAGGGUCUUCGUUGGGUCUCCAUUGGUUCAGCAGACGCUGUGGAGUAAUGUGGUGGCGUGGGCUGGCGGCAGAGGAUGUGACCCUUUUGUCUGUUUCAGUAAACCAAGGGAAAGAGAGCCCUUGGUUGUGAAGUCAAUGUCUGUAGUGGGUAGCAUUCUGAAUAUUACUGCACAGCAGAGGCAGACGGUGCGUGUGAAGAUAUGUCCGCAGGUCACGCAGCACCGUAUAUGGACCGGCACGCUUGAGGAGAUACUAAAUGGAUUGAAAUGUGAGUUGGAGGUUGUAGAUUAUCUGUGCCCGAGCAAAGGGACGAGGAUUGGUCAGCAGAUAGUUUCUAGCUGUCUGAAGUUCUUGGCUGACACAUCCAUUUCAUAUGAUGAUGACUCGGCUUCGUGGAUGCGCCUUUCAACUGCAAAGAUCACUGACUCUUCUGGUUUGCGAAAAUGGGAAGACCUGCUUGAGAUGUUCAAUGACCUUAUUGAUUGUUUGAAAAACGACAGGGAGUUACUUCUUUAUGUGACGAAGCUUGAGGUCAUGAAAGAGGGGCUGUCUCAAAUCAAGGAUGUGUUGGUUGAUAGAAGUAUUGGAUUCAAGGAAGUACGACAUCAAGAAAGCCUAGUGCAGAAGAAGCUGUCCAAGACAUUGGGUCAUUCAUCCCAGUGUUUGUUCACACUCUUGUUAUAUUACCUCUAUGGGCAUGUUAGAGAUAUUGAAGUAGACUUAUCUGGUGGUCUUUAUAGCAUUAGUGACAAGAGUCUCUGUCUGUGCAUGGGAAGGAUUGUGACUUCAGAUGAGGAGACGAUGAUUUGGAGUGGGGUGAAGCAGUUGGACAAGGCUCUCGGUCUUUUCAAGUUUGUAUGGGAAACAGCAGGAAUGGAAGGAGUUUUGCAAUUGCAAGGCCAUAUAUGGUGUGUAGGAGCCGAGAGCAGAACACUUACAUAUAGAGGAAGCACAUUCUUUGUACAUGGAAUUCAUGUUUGAAGAGCAACACUCUCAGAAUAUGAGUUCAAAUUUCUGAAGCUAUUUUAAUGAUUCAUUGAUUAGUAAACACUAUAUGCAAGAAUUGAUAUGGAGCAAGCAGACCGAGUACAAUUAGCUUGGAGUAGUUGUUGCAGUAACUGCUCUGAGUUCAACUCGGUACCUUUUAGGAGUUCUUAGGCUCAUUGGCGUUCUCAAGUAUAAAUGAUUACUGAUAGUACCAAAGUACAAAACCCAGAUUCAGAUUAGAACAAUGCAUUCCUUGGAAGUGACUAUGAGGAGUGCACCAGCCACAAUAACAGAAAGAACACCCUUCAGAAAAUCCAGGCCAAGCUGGAUAAAUAGAUGUACUUGCUAUAAGAAAAAACAAGAAAAAACUCUUGAUGGAACUUAAUAGGAAUCUUUUGAAAACUUAGAAGAUUUGGGAAGAAAAGAUACUUCAGAUUGAGGCUAAAGUGAGGAUCAUACUCGAACUCAUUCAGAUAUGGAAGGGCUACAGAAUCUGACGACUAAGUGGAAAAAGCUGUCUCCCCUAUCCUCUGAGUGUCGUAUCUACAGAGUUCCCAAGAGGCUACGUGACGUGAAGGAGAAGGCUUACACACCUCAGGUGGUCUCACUUGGUCCGCUUCACCAUGGUGGAGAAGGUCUCCAAGCCAUGGAAGAACAUAAAUUGCGGUAUGUGAAGGACUUCUUUGAACGGAUCCCCGAGGUAAGAGUAGAGGAUUGUUUCACAUAUUUGAUGGAUCGGGAAGAAAAGAUCCGUGCAUGUUAUGCAGUAGCAAUUGAAUUUAAUGCACAUAAACUUGUGGAAAUAAUUCUGGUUGAUGCCAUUUUCACCUUUGAGUUGCUGCUCAAGAGCUCUUUUGAUUCCCUGCAAGAUAAGAAUGACUGUAUAUUUGGGAAGCCAAGGAUGUCCAGGGUCGUGAUAUACGACAUGAUGUUGCUUGAAAAUCAGAUCCCAUUCUUCAUUCUCGAGUAUUUUCAUACUGUAUACUUCACCAACCGUCCUAUUCCUUGGCUUUCCCUCUUUGAGCUUACCCAUAAGUUCUUGCAGAAUGGGGUAUACAUAAGGUCACUUGGAGAUACGAUGAAGAAACUCAAUCAUGGUCCUCAAGAAGAUAGAAUACACCAUUUUGUUGAUUUUGUUCUAAAAUGUCAUCGACCUCAACCUUCUGAGCUUCCCCAAAUAAAGAAACUCAAGACUUCAACCAUACCACGGGCCACAGCAUUACACCAGGCUGGAGUCAAGUUUGUGAAUGUCAGUAACCAAAACUUGUUCGAGUUUGAGAAUGGAUAUCUGAAAAUUCCACACUUUAAGAAUUCGCGGUUCAACAGAAAAUUUCUUUCGGAAUCUCAUUGCCUACGAGCAGUGUGAGCUUCAUGAUCACUACAUCAGCGAUUAUGUGUUUUUCAUAGAUCGCCUGGUGGAUCAAUCCAAGGAUGUGGAGCUGCUUGUUGAGAAUAAUAUCCUUGAAUCUAAACUACCAGAUAGUGAAGCAGCUGCGGCCUUUAUUAACUCACUUGACUUCGGGCCUAUUUUGUUCAGUAGAGAUUUCUACUUUACUGAUCUCUGUGAGGCUCUGAAUGCAUACUAUAGUGUCCCCGGCACAAGUGGAAGGCAAGCUUGAAACAGGACUACUUCAGUACUCCAUGGGUUGGACUGUCUGUUAUUGUAGCGGCUAUACUUCUCGUGCUCACUUUCAUUCAAACUGUGUGCUCUAUAAUUGCUAUAUAGGGUCUCUUGUCGCUUCAUUUUGAUGUUUCUGGAUUUCAAGUGUGUUACUCAUGUACUUGUUUGUCUAAAGAUAAAGGUGUG